CCCAAAAAUAAGCCAUUUCUUGAAUCUAAGUGAAUGAAAAUUAGACUAAUCACAAAGAAGAACAAACUUUACAACAUUAUUGCCAUCAGAAAAGAUUUAUAAAAUAAAAGAAUGGCUGAGGCUGACGAUCCACAAGAUAUAGCUGAUCGAGAACGAAUCUUUAAGCGAUUUGAUGAAAAUGGUGAUGGGCAAAUAUCUGCUACAGAACUUGGGGAGACGUUGCAAACCCUGGGCUCUGUUACUCCUGAAGAAGUUAAGUAUAUGAUGGACGAAAUUGACACUGAUAAAGAUGGUUUCAUUUCCUUUCAAGAGUUCACAGAAUUUGCCCGAGCCAACAGAGGCUUGAUUAGGGAUGUUGCUAAAAUAUUCUAGCUUCCACUUUUAAUAUAAUUCAUCAUUUUGAUAUGGAUUUUAACUUAUACACAAAGAUAGUGCAAAGAAUUUUUACACAAUUACGUAACUUGCCUUAUUUUCUGUCUCUUUUCUUGUUGAAGAAACCGUUUAAGUUAGUUAAACUGUAACAUCCGUUUUUCUUACAUCAUAUUGAGGUUGAUUGUAUGUAUUUUUUUCAUUUUAAUUUGUGGGGUUUAAAACAAAAUUUGCUGUUGUUGUUCAUCUUCUUUCCCUCCUAAUGUGACAACGUGGGUCAACAAGAUUCAGCAACAAGUUUGUUAACCUUGUAUUUGAAUUGUUGUCGCAUGUGAGAGUUGAGCUGUCUUGGUUUCCCCCAUGCCAAAUUAUUGCAAGUUGAUCUUGAUUUU